AUGAGCGAGAUACUGGUGGUGACCUGCCCAGGUGGCAGACAAUGCUCCUUCCUAUUCCCUCUUCUUUACAACAAAUCCAAAUUCAAACUCCAUCUGGUAGCCCACAUUGUAGAAUCUACCUCUCGAAUCCAAGAAACCUACCCAGAUACAUACGAUAUAUCCUCACUCGAAGAUUGUUGCACGCUUCUCAACAAUGCAACAUCAGUCUGCCAUGUAGGCCCUUCCCUUCACUUUCGUGAAAUGUAA